AACCCAGCAGGUCUGGGUUCCUUCGAACCCACCCAAGCGCUAGGUUCCUUGCGAACCUAACGCCUGGGUUCGCAAGGAACCCAAGCAUGCUAAGUUCGCGUUUGGGUUCGCACCGAACCCAGCAUGCCUGGGUUUGGUGGAACCCAAGCGUUCUGGGUUCGCGUCUGGGUUCGCACCGAACCCAGCAUGCCUGGGUUUGGUGGAACCCAAGCGUGCUGGGUUCGCGUCUGGGUUUGCACCGAACCCAGCAUGCCUAGGUUUGGUGGAACCCAGCACGCUUGGGUUCGGUUCCUUGCGAACCCAGGCGUUGGGUUCGCAAGGAACCCAAUCGUGCUGGGUUUGCACCAAACGCAGCAUGCCUGGGUUUGGUGGAACCCAGCACGCUUGGGUUUGGUUCCUUGCGAACCCAGGUGCUUGGUUCGUUUGCAGGUGCUGGGUUUGAAAUCGAACCCAGCAAGCGGUGGGUUUGAGCAGCCGCUGAGUUCCUGGGUUCUGGGUUUCGUUUCAAACCCAGCAGCUGUUGGGUCAAAUAUCUAUUGAGUUUAAUCUGUUGAUUUGUUGUGUUAUCCUCGAAUUUAAUAUUAGGAGUUAGGGUUUGCAGAAGGUUAAAGGAAAUGGAGAGGAAGAAGAAAGGGAAAAAGGAAAAACAAACGAAGAAAAAAAAAAGGAAUAACAAA